UGUGUACACAGUAAGGACGGAGGAUGGGGGAGUUGGUGCGUCUUCAAGGCUUGGCCGAACCACCCGCCAACAGCAUCCGGCUCCCGGCCGUUGCACUGCCACGUCGCCCACUUGUCCCACACAUUGGAAGCCUAUGAACGGAUUUCUUGCCUGGUGGGGGGGAGACGGGAAGGGACGAUGGAUUUUCAGACUUGUUGGCUUGGCUUUUCCUUGGUAUUGGAUGCUUGAUGAUUCUUGGCUGGCACAAGCCCCCCGCGGCGCCGAGGCCAAGCCUGAGGUUCCGGACAAAGGUCCUUUAUACUUGAUGACGCUUGGCAAGGUAUCUCGCAGUUUCACAUAUUGGUCAUGGUGUUGCUGUAGUGUUAGGUCAUGCCCGCCGGAGAUGGCUGCCUUGCUCGUCGGCUUCGGCUGUCUUACCCCGAUGGCAUCUUGGGCCUGCAUGUCGUGUGUCGUCGUCGUUACCCGGGCUGUUAGCGGUGACAUCCUUAUAUACAUAAGUAUGUAUCCGGAUUGCCAAGUAUGUAUUCUACCUAUGGUCGCUGGUAGGAUAUGGCAGGGUUCAAAACUUCAAAUUGUUCGCUCCUUUGGACUCGAGACUCCAUGCACGUGUGCCCAGAGACGGAUAAUAUCGUAUAAAGCCAUGCGUGCAUGCAUGCAAUAUGACAGCAUUUCAUCUCUAGAGCACCCAGUGUACGCUCCAACCCGGGGCUAUUCUACCCAUCGGCUCGACCUUCAUUGCAUUCAGGGGCCCGAGUGUAAUGAAGGCUUGUCCACGGGUAUACAAUGCCCCCGUGGUUUGUUCGCUAGCGCCUGACUUGAAGACAGGGCCCAAUCCCGAAAUCCAAAUCUCGACAGUAAAACAAC